UGUCAACCGACCAAAACAUUUCAACAAUCGAAUCGAUGGGAGAUAACACCGCGUCCCCCGCAACGAAAGCGUUAAGCUACGAGUCUGGCGCUGCUUUGAUGGCCGAGGGGCCUGAAGUUCUACAUGAUUUAAUCGCAAUGAAGAUGGAGGCGGCAACAGGUCAACCGCUACCAGAAGUCAGCGUCCACUUCUCGAACCUGUCGAUCACUGCUGACAUCUCCGUCGCGGACAAGAACGACGCCAAGAACGAGUUACCGACUAUGCUGAAUGAGACCAAGAAGAUGUUCACGGUGUCCAAGAAACACACGGUGUGCAAGGAGAUACUGACGAACGUCACAGGUGCGUUCGGACCGGGGAAAAUCACACUGCUACUGGGUCAACCUGGAUCAGGCAAGUCGUCGCUAAUGAAGAUUCUCAGUGGUCGCUUCCCCGAAGAGAAGAACAUUAGUAUUGAAGGAGAUAUCUCGUUCAAUGGCGUCUCGAGAGGUUCCUUGCUUAACCGUCUGCCUCAGAUCGUGUCGUACGUGAACCAACGUGACAAGCACCACCCUCUGUUGACGGUGAAUGAAACCUUAAAAUUUGCCCAUGAAGUCGGCGGCGCUGAGUUUGUUCGAGAAGCGGAGGAUAAGCAGGCGAAGGAUCCUCAGCAGUCCGACGCAGAGGCGCUUCAAGCUGUUAAAGCCAUUUCGUCGCAUUAUCCCGAGAUCGUCGUGCAGCAGUUCGGGCUUCAAAACUGUCAGGACACGAUCGUUGGUGACGCCAUGACACGCGGUGUCUCGGGUGGCGAACGGAAGCGUGUGACUACAGCCGAAAUGGAGUUCGGUAUGAAGAGCGUCGUGCUGAUGGACGAGAUCAGUACCGGUCUGGAUAGUGCCGCCACUUUCGACAUCAUCAACACGCAACGCAGUGUCGCGAGGAAGUUCCGCAAGACUGUGGUGAUCGCUCUUCUCCAGCCUUCGCCCGAGGUCUUCGCUUUGUUCGACGACGUGAUGAUCCUCAACGCCGGAGAAGUCAUGUAUCACGGUCCUUGUGAUCGGGUGCAGAGUUACUUCGAAGGGCUUGGAUUCUCGUGCCCCCCUGAGCGCGAUCUCGCUGACUUCUUGUUGGAUUUGGGCACGUCCCAACAACACCGCUACGAGGUUGAUUCGUACCAAAAAAAUCACCCACGUCUUGGUAGUGAGUUCGCCGAGCACUUCCGACAGUCUCGGAUUCACCAGGAAACGCUCUGCCAAUUGGCGUCUACUCCUGAUCCUAAAGUUCUCGCGAUGGCCGAAGAGCAUCUGGAAAAAGUGCCAGUGUUUCAGCAGUCCAUUGUGCAGAGUAUGCAGUCGUUGUUCAGACGUCAAGUGAAGGUGUUGUACCGCAACAAACCCUUCAUCAUUGGACGAAUGUUGAUGAUCCUCAUCAUGGGAAUGCUGUAUUCAACAGUCUUCUACGACUUCGAGCCUACAGAGACCUCCGUUGUUAUGGGUGUACUCUUCGCCACGGUUCUCUUCCUCUCCAUGGGUCAGUCUUCGCAGGUACCGACGUACAUCGCCGAGCGCGACAUCUUCUACAAGCAACGGGCCGCUAACUUUUUCAGUACCAAGACGUAUGUGUUGGCUACGUCCGCUAGUCAAAUUCCGUUGAUCCUGGCUGAGUCGCUCAUCUUCGGUGUGAUGGUAUACUGGAUCUGUGGUUUUGAAGCAGACGCGAUGCGGUUCAUCAUCUUCGAGAUCAUCUUGUUCUUAACGAACUUGGCUAUGGGAAUGUGGUUCUCCUUCCUGGCAGCUAUCAGUCCCAAUGCGAACGUGGCUGCUCCGUUGGGCAUCGUCUCUCUAUUGGUGUUCAUCAUUUUCGCGGGCUUCAUCGUUACCAAGAACAACAUUCCGGACUUCCUCAUCUGGGGACAUUGGAUCAGUCCAAUGAGUUGGAGCUUGAGAGCUCUUGCUAUUAACCAGUACCGAGCCAGCUCCUUUGAUGUGUGCGUCUACAAGGCUGUCGACUACUGCGCGACGUAUGGAGUCACGAUGGGUGAAUACAACUUGAAGCUGUUUUCCAUGCAGACAGACAAGGUGUGGGUCCUGUACGGUAUCAUCUACACGUUCGCGAUCUACCUCGUCUUCAUGUUCCUCUCGUAUCUUGGACUGGAAUAUCUCCGUUUCGAAGCGCCAGAGAACGUCGAUGUGUCUGAGAACGCAGUCCAAAACGAGUCAUACGCGCUGGUCGAGACCCCGAAGAAUGGACUCUCAACAAACACUGCUGACUGUGCUGUUGAGAUCGAAAGGAGUCACGUUGUUAGCCCCGUGACGGUAGCAUUCCAGGAUUUAAGGUACUCAGUUCCAGACCCCCACAACCCGAAGGAAUCGCUCGAACUGCUCAAGGGUAUCACUGGUUUCGCUCUUCCUGGUUCAAUCACAGCGCUCAUGGGCUCUUCAGGAGCUGGUAAAACCACGUUGAUGGACGUGAUUGCUGGCCGCAAGACAGGGGGAAAGAUCACGGGUAAAAUCCUCUUGAACGGCUAUACGGCCAACGAUCUAGCCAUCCGCCGUUCGACCGGUUACUGUGAGCAGAUGGACGUACACUCAGAGGCAGCUACUAUCCGCGAGGCGCUCCUGUUCAGUUCGUUCUUACGCCAAGACAGUUCUGUAUCGGAUGUCAAGAAAUACGCAUCAGUCGAUGAAUGUAUUGAGCUUUUGGGUCUAGAAGACAUCGCGGAUCAUAUUAUCCGGGGCAGCUCAAUGGAACAAAUGAAACGCCUGACGAUCGGAGUGGAGCUAGCAGCACAGCCCAGCGUGAUUUUCCUGGAUGAACCAACGAGUGGAUUGGAUGCGCGUUCGGCUAAGUUGAUCAUGACGGGAGUGAGGAAAGUGGCCGACUCGGGACGUACCGUCAUCUGCACGAUUCACCAGCCCUCCUCGGACGUUUUCGCUUUAUUCGACAGCUUGUUGCUGCUCAAACGUGGGGGUGAGACGGUCUUUUUCGGUGAUCUGGGCGAGAACUGUCGCAAUUUGAUCGACUAUUUCGAAGGUAUCCCCGGUGUAUCUCCACUACCGGCAGGCUACAACCCAGCCACGUGGAUGUUGGAGUGUAUCGGAGCUGGUGUGAGCAACGGAGCUGUCACCACUGACUUUGUCAAGGUCUUCAACGAGAGUUCUCAGAGGCAACUACUGGAAACAAACAUCUCGAAGGAAGGUAUCUCCAUCCCAUCCCAGGAUCUACCGGAAAUGGUUUUCGGUAAGAAACGUGCUGCCAACUCUGCCACUCAGAUGAAGUUCGUGGUGACUCGCUGGAUUCAACUGUACUGGCGUACACCGUCGUACAACUUGACUCGAAUCCUGGUUUCUCUGUUCCUGGGAGUUGUGUUCGGUUUGGUGUUCGUUGACGCAACGUACACGACGUAUUCAGGCUUAAACUCGGGUGUUGGGCUCAUCUACAUGGCUGCACUCUUCAACGCAUUUGUGUCGUUCGAAAGUGUGCUACCGGUUAUGUUCGCGGAUCGAGCUGCGUUCUACCGCGAGCGUGCGUCACAGACGUACAACGCCUUCUGGUAUUUCGUGGGCUCUACUAUCGUGGAAAUCCCCUACUCUUUCGUCAGUGGACUGAUCUUUACGGUGGUGUUCUACCCUCUUGUGGGCUUUACGGGAUUCAGCACUGCAGUUGUCUACUGGUUAGCAUACUCGAUGAUGACUCUGAUGCAAGUGUAUCAAGGUCAGAUGCUCGCGUUCGUAUUCCCGACCGAAGAAGUGGCCAUUGUGGCAGGUUAUAUGCUGAAUGCUGUCUUCAUGAUGUUUAUGGGCUUCACUCCGCCGGCGAAGGCUAUUCCUUCGGGUUACACGUGGCUAUACAAGAUCUCCCCUCUCAAGUACCCGUUAUCGACGAUGGUGUCGCUUGUCUUCGCAAAUUGUGAUCACCUUCCGACAUGGGAUGAAUCUACGCAAGAAUACAUCAACGUUGGCUCGCAGCUGGGCUGUCAACCGAUGGCAAAUGCGCCUGUUACAGUGGGCCAUUCUACGCUCAAGGAAUACACGGAGGACCACUUCGGCAUGAAACACGAUAGAAUUGCUCGCAACUUUGCAGUGAUCGUGGCCAUCCUCGCCAUCUAUCGUGUCUUGGGAUUGCUGGCCAUUCGCUUCAUCAAUCACCAGAAGCGCUAGAUGCCUCGUACUCUCGCUUUUUCAACACUUCACAUAUUCGCAAUACAUACACUCUUUUUCUCGUUUCAAAACUCA